AUGUGACACGUGAGAGCAACCCACUGUGAUCCACUCUCAUCAUAUGCUACCUUGUUAUUUCCACCUCCUAUUUUCUUCUUCCAAACUAUCUUUGGUGGGUGAUAUUAUUUAAUUUCCUCUAUUAAAUUCCAAAAAUUUACAUUAACCUCUCGAAAUUUAUAUUAUCACUAAAUUACAAUUUUUUUUUCAUCAAAUUCUCUUUUCCUUUAUUCACAAAUUAUAUAAAAGUAAAGAAAAUAUUUUAAUAAUAAUAAUAAUAUAAGUAGGGAAAGAUAAAUAGGAAGAAAAAAAAGGAGUGGAAAUACAACAUCAUACCUUUUAUAGAUCAUUUCAAUUUGCAGUUGCUAGGCAACUAUUUAGUUGGUGCUCACUACUUCUCCAGUGAUCUCAGAUCUGCUCUGCUCUGCUCUCUCAUCCACAGGUUUGGAUUUUGUCAUCUAAGAAGAAGUUGGAGAUAAUGGGUCGAGGAGUCAGCAGUGGUGGAGGACAGAGUUCAUUGGGCUACCUUUUUGGGAGUGGAGAGGCUCCCAAACCGGCGCCAAACAAUGCCCCAGCUUCUUCUAGCGAAGGACCAGCUGCUAAUACUGGGGCUUCCACCAAGCCCAUUGCUGCAGCUCAACCAACAGAUGUUACUAAGCAGAUACCUGCAGGUAUCAAUAGUAACACUGCAAACAACUACCACCGGGCGGAUGGCCAGAACUGUGGCAACUUCAUCACAGGUCGUCCCUCAACUAAGGUCCACUCUGCACCUGGUGGUGGAUCAUCUUUGGAUUACCUCUUUGGUGGUGGUGGUGGUGGUGGUGGUGGUGGCGGUGCUAGUGGUGGUGGUGCUAGUGGUGGUGGUGGUAAAUGAGACAUGCUACAUUUCUUCAUAUGAAACUACUAUUCUUCAACUUCUCUGGAACCUGCUGUAGUUUGGAUGCCUGUUUGAUCUUCCAUAAACAUCAGAAACUUGCUUGAUCAUGUAAAUGAUACAUAUAGCUGGGGUGGGUCUUUCUGGAAUCACUCUACUCAAUGCUUGAUUAUAAAUGCAUUUGUAUUUCUUGCAAAAAGCAGUCUAUCAAGAACAAAGAUAAUUGCCUAUGCUUAGUGGCUUGUCCUUUUUGGUGUUUUCAUGGAUACUGCCAACCACUUCCCUAGCCUGUUUGCUGUUUGCUGUUUGGAGUGUCAUACAACUACCUUGUGAUCAUGUUCAUGAAUGUUGUUUUGCUAUAAAUCAAUGAGAGCAUAUAUGGGUGUGGGAUUGCCCUUGUUGAAA